UAUCGCCGCUUGAAUCGUGCGUAUCUCUGAUUCCGCUCAGGCACCAAUGCGAUGGAACAGGAACGGGUUCUACGCUGCACCAGCCUCAACAGCAGCCGUAGCCUUUCCUUGAAACUUUCUGGCGGCAGUGUGCAACACAUACGCGACCCCUUACUACAGGCAGCCAGUGAUGUCGCCAUCAUUAGUCAUCAACCGAAAGCUGACGAAUCCAGUGACGUUAUACACAAUGAGAAUCAUGUUAGGCAAUCAGAAAACUCAUUUCUGUUACUGAACGGUAAAGCAGGAUAUGAGGACAUAUCAGUCUGCGUCGGUACUUUAGUGAGACCAGCACCAACGCCACGCGAUGCUGGCAAGUCCGCUACAUCUGCUGCAGCUUAUGCGGUGGCCAGAGGCUUGUUAUCGCAGUUCCAAGACUCUACUAAGGAUCUGAAUAAGAUAUUGAGUUCAGCGGAUACUGUGAACGGGUUUCUGUGCGUGAACACGUCAUCAGAUCGUAACCAUUUAAUUCUGAGGAGUAAUUCGUCACCAUCAGAAGACUUAAUACACAAUCCACCAUCCACGGAAGACGUGAAAGAACUGUUGCCAAUUCAUUUCAGUGGAGUCGGAACUUCGUCCUUAGUGAAUCAAGACAUAUCAACGUGUGCUGAAUUCGUGAACGGGCUCUCGUCUAUUUCAAAAUCUCCGACGCCUCAGGGUUCGGUUUUCCCUAGCAACAGUACCAGCAACUGUGAAACGGUAGCAGACGAGUCUUUUCUUACAGUCAACAGCGAGCUUUCAUCCUCUCCUGAGGCAACGCUUGAAGAUUUACCAGCUUUGCUUUGCAGUUUCCUCUUCGGCUCUCCGGAGUCCGUUACUUCUUGUGACACCGUUGUCACGACUCUAGAGGAGGACCCGCAGAUCAGGUGUAAGAAUGGAAGUAUGGACUUUAUGUUAUCUCCAUCAGCCAGUGACGUCACACAGCUACAGCCGUACGAUAACGAAGAGAGGAGCUGUGAGAUUCUCGAAGCUUCGCCAUCGAAACGUGACGCAGAAAAUGUUAGUGGGCAAGAAAUUAGUACAAGGGAUGUUGGGGAAGAGAGCGAUGAAGGAGGUUCAAAAGUGUACAAGGAAUGUAAUACCGAACCGUGUGUUGAAAAUAUAUCCACAACUGCUUCAACAGCGAGAGAAAAAACGUGCAGAAAUAGGACAAAGUGCCGAAUGUCCAGUUGUACCAAUAGCCGUGGUAAGGAAAUGCAACGAGGUAUAUCAGAGGAGAGCGGUUACCAGACUAGUUCCGAGAACUGUGUGACGUCGGGCGUGGAGACAUCUUCGGCAAGUAAAAGUACAAGCGAGGAAAAUGACAAAACAGGAGAUAGGGGUAGUGAGGAUGACGAGAAGGGUACGAACGAAGACCUGGUACUUGUCCCAUCUGACCCUGCAGAAUGGAACGCAGGCCAUGUAAGGUCGUGGCUGAAAUGGUCAGCACGACAGUUUAGUCUGAAUCCUGAGCCAGAUGCUGACAAGUUCCCUACUUCGGGUGCUGAGUUGCUGGAGCUGUCGAGGGCUGAAUUCGAGACUAAGGCAGGGUCUGCGCGAGCGGGCCGGCUCCUAGCUAUCCACCUCGCACAUCUCCGACACAGUGUGACGGGGAGAAGCACCAGUCCUCUGCAGGAUCACGUCGACUUGGACGGCGAGGACGAACAAGAUCCCUACCAACUACUAAAUGCUGCUAGCAGCCGAUUGGUUGCCCAGGGUUCAGGCCAGAUCCAAUUGUGGCAGUUUCUGCUGGAACUACUCAGCGAUUCGUCGAAUGCGAGUUGCAUCACAUGGGAAGGAACCAAUGGAGAAUUUAAACUGACGGAUCCUGACGAGGUAGCGCGGAGGUGGGGGGAGAGAAAGUCCAAACCUAAUAUGAAUUACGACAAGCUCAGCAGGGCGCUCAGGUAUUAUUACGACAAAAACAUUAUGACCAAAGUCCACGGGAAACGGUACGCUUACAAGUUUGACUUCCACGGACUAAUGGCUGCGUGUCAGGCCCAAGCACAGGGCAGUAGUGGGGCUGACACUGCGAUGAGUUAUACCAAGUACCAUCACCAUCAGAGCGACCUGGGAGCAGCACUGUACCCCGCACAUCACCACUCACCAGGAAAACUAUCGUCUAUACUGCCUCCACCACCACCUGGUGUCGUACCACCCACUUCACCAUUUCCUGCACCACCCUACUGCUGGACUUCAGCGGCGGCAAAUGCUGCCUCUGCUGCUAGCCUCUCGUCUAUUUACUCUGCGGCUGCUAACAGCAUGCACCACCCGGCAGGGGUGGCGAGGUACCCGUAUCCAAACCCCGCCCCGAACUGAAACGUGGCUGUGCGAGGCGUGUUCCUCGGCUAUGUAAAACAAGAUCUAAUCUACCUAACCUCAGGCCUCAGUCAGCGCAGUGGACUAGAAACACUGUAAUACUCAAGUAUGACCACUUUAAGGUGUUCUACGUCUUCAUACUGGGCGUAUAGACUUUUCAAAACGGGCUCUGAAUUUCUUUCUCCGCCGAAGCAAAUGGUAAAAUCUCUUAAUGCUUUUUUCCAAUGUAUUUUGAAACGCUACUAUAGCCACCCUUCUAGCCAAAUUUGUGGCCUCAGCACCAAGGGGCUCAGUUUGACCCCACAAGAACAGAAACAUAACAGCUAUCCCUGUAACAGGCCGUGGAAGCCUAUAUGGUUGUGAGACGUCCAGGCUUCCAGAUUUGC